AUGUCAAAGCAAAGUGAGGUGAAAGCGCCGCCUUGUUGUGCUUCUCCGGAGCAGGAUGCCAUUGGCCGUAGCCGCGCCCGUGACGAAGAAGAAGAAGAAGAAGAAGAAGCACCCGCUGAGACUGGAAAGGUGAAACGCAGGAAGAAAGAAUUUGCUUGGAUGGACUCAGAUGACGAAGCUUCGGGCAGUGACGAAGAAGAGCGGGAGGAAGCACCUCCAAAAGAAGAGAGAAAGCAAUCUAGCAGGAAGGAGGACAGUGACGUUGAGGAGCGGAGAAGGGAAACAAGCGACUCGGAGGAGCCAGCCCAGUCGGUUCCCAACUGCGCUGCGGAAGUUCAAUCCCUGGGGCAGAUGAUGCGCCUCAUGGAGUCCUGGCAGCGUCAGCGUGGGCGGAUCCUGCGGUUGCCAAUGGCUGAGCUGUCACAGGUUUGUCAAGCCUGUGCACGUGUGAAGUAUUUCGAUUCCCAAAGCUUCGCAGAUAUCAUCGCUGCUGUCAAGGUGCAUCUUCGCAGCUAUGUUCAGCUGAAGGCUGAUGAUGUUGGAGGUGUGCUCAGCGGCCUCGCAGAUGUCAAUGCGUACGACAAGGAGGUCUUUGACCUGGCCGCCUCAGCGAUGAACCGCACGGCGGGGCACCUCCAGCGUCCAGCGCGGAAGGUGAUCCUGGACGCUUUUAAAAAGGUGAAUCAUCGAUCAAAUUCACUCAGAGAGAUGUCAGAACACGAGGCAAAAGCUCGCUAUGAUGAAAGAUGCUCAGAGGUUGCUGCUAGUUGGCAGCGCCCUGGCUCCACGUCCACCACCUGGCGAGGCUUCGGCUAG